CAUCGCCCCACCCACCCAUCUAAAGGCGCUCCCUGGUGGUCUUGUCUGUGACACCAGGAAAACACCCCCUCCCAGACGGAAAAGCAUAAAGGGGGAGUCAGAUUUAGGGCAGUAAGGCCUGAGUCGAGGGGGUAUUUCCGGAGAGAUGCUGGCUGAUCACUGACUGUGUCUGUGCUGGAGCUGGAUCCUUCGGAUGCUGCGUCGGUGCCGUCCGCCUCCCGGAUGCUGAGAUGCUGAUGCCAGACCCCCGGACCGUGGAUGGAUCCCACAGCCGGAGCAGCUGAACACAUAAACCAGGAAAAAGCGAGUCCAGUUUGAUCCAGUCUGAAAAGUGGAAACGGGACCGACUGCGUGAGGGGCUUCGGCGACAUGUUCUGAAGCGGGAGAACCGGGCUUUUCUAGCGGGAUGAAGGCGCCGAGGAGACCGAGGCAGACGCGGCUCCUCCUGCGGUUCUGCGUCUGCGGAGUCGGUCUGCUCACAGCCGCCUGGAUCCUUCAAUUCGCUAAUGUUACAGGUUCCCCAGGACAUUCUGUGGAUGCUAACAUCCUCUGGUCCAAAAGGGAGCUCAUUCAGCAGAAAGACAACAACCAGACCUCAGGCAGUAUUUCUAAAUCUGCUGUUAAUGAGUUUCCUGAAGACAUCUUCACUUUGGAGCAGAGGAGACAUGGAGCUGUACUCCUUCAUGUCCUCUGUGCUAUUUAUAUGUUUCACGCACUGGCCAUCGUGUGUGAUGUUUACUUUGUGCCAUCACUGGAAAGAGUAUCAGAGAAUCUUCAGCUCAGUCAGGAUGUUGCCGGGGCAACCUUCAUGGCAGCCGGUAGCUCUGCUCCCGAGCUCUUCACCUCUUUGAUUGGGGUAUUUAUUACAAAGGGGGAUGUGGGUGUGGGAACAAUCGUGGGAUCAGCUGUUUUUAACAUCCUGGUCAUCAUCGGCAUCUGUGGUAUCUUCGCCGGACAGCCUAUCUCUCUGAGCUGGUGGCCGUUGUUUCGUGACGCUGUCUUCUAUAUCCUGUCUAUAGUGGUGCUUAUCUUGGUGAUCUAUGAUGAAAAGGUUUUGUGGUGGGAGACGAUCAUCCUGAUCUCUAUGUAUGGAAUCUAUAUAAUCAUCAUGAAGUUCAAUAGAUCUCUGUGCAACCUGGUGGAGACACAUUGCACCAUGGGAGGUCAGCCGUGCCUGAGCAGCCUGCGACGGACGACUGCUGUUGGAAACAUCGGAGACUGUGACAACGACAUGGUGCCGCUGAAGCCAGACUCGUGUGUGGUGGCCGGUCAGGACUCAGGGGUGGUGAUGGUGGAUGAACUUCUGAACCUGCAUCCCCACCAGCUCUCCUUCUCAGAGGCAAGCCUCCGCCUUCUCAUCACCCCGCAUUUCCCCCCCUUCACCCGCCUGCGCAUGGCAGGACGCAUGGUCAUCAGCGAGAGGCAGAGGUUGAUCCGGGCUCGGGGCGGUCCGGAGGAAGGGGGCGCCGCUGGGGAUGAGGGCGCCAGCGGGACAUGGGGGAGAGAGAAUGGGACAGUGGGCGAGGGAGACAGACAAACACUGGAGGGAGAGAGGGAGAGGGGUAAAGAGACUGGAGGAGAGACAAGAGGGGGAGCACAGCCUAAAGAGGAAGAGGAGGAAGAGGAAGAACAGGAAGACGGGGAGGAGGAGAAUGCUGCUUUUAAACCCUUCAGUUUUCCAGAUGGCUGGUGUGUGCGUGUCAAGUGGCUGCUCUCCUGGCCGUUGAGUGUCCUGCUUUACUGCAGCAUCCCUGACUGUAACAUGCCUCGGUGGGAGCGCUGGUACCUGCUCACCUUCCUGUCCUCCACACUCUGGAUAGCCCUCUUCUCCUACCUCAUGGUCUGGAUGGUGACCAUAAUCAGCCACACACUUGGAAUCCCAGAGGUCAUCAUGGGCAUCACCUUCCUGGCAGCGGGUACCAGUGUCCCGGAUUGCAUGGCCAGCCUCAUUGUCGCCCGACAAGGUAUGGGGGACAUGGCUGUGUCCAACUCCAUCGGCAGUAACAUCUUCGAUGUGCUGCUGGGUCUGGGCUUCCCCUGGGCACUGAGGACUCUCAUAGUCAGCUAUGGAUCAGUGGUGACAAUCAACAGCAAAGGCCUGGUGUACUCUGUGAUUCUGCUGUUGGCCUCAGUCACACUUACUGUCCUGUGUGUCCAUCUGAACCGCUGGAAGUUGGACCGCCGGCUGGGACUCUGUCUGAUGCUGCUCUACGCCAUCUUCCUCCUCUGUUCCAUUGGCUUUGAAAGGCUGUAGAAAACAUACACGAACACCUACAUACAAAUGGACGCACACAUAUUUACUCCAACACAUGGACUAACAGAACUGGUUCAGUACUUCCACCUUCACUGCUGCCAUUAUUUAUCAAGCGUACGGAAAGAUGAAUUAGCAUUUCAUUUCACUGUACGUGGCUGUACAUGUUUGAGCAGCGUUAUUACAACACUGGCUGCCUGAAAGUAACCUUGUGUCCCUUUGAUAAAUGAGUAUUUUACAUAGUUUUAUACGAAGCACCUGCAGCCUGAAUUUUGCGAAACCCAACCCAAAUGAAAAUGCACUAUAUCUCACAACAAAUUUAUAGAGUAUUAAAUUUGUAUUCUAACUACAGCAUUAAGAAACCCCAAAGUGUAUUAGUUUACUUAUUAUUACAUUCUGACUGCCACAAAUAACCUCAAUGACCAGAUGAUGUAUGUUUAUAUACUGUAGUAGCUUCUCAAUCUGUGCAGUUAUUUUAUGUAUCUUUUUAAUGUCACGCCUUUGUGUGUUGUUAAUGGCAUAGCAUGGCUGAUUCACACGCACCAGGUAAUUGCACUAAGCCACUGUUGUCUUGGCCUUGUACAUAACGUAGGCCCCUUCUUUCCUAAAAGCUUCUCAGCACAGAGGUUUUGUGGGUUUUGUGCUGAAAUAAGUUGACUGUGUGCUGUAAGGUGUUUUCGGGUGUCUGUGUUUGGAGCGAGUCCUCAGGUGUAUGCUGUUGAGUGCAAUAAAACGCUGUGUUCUGUGA